AUGGAGAUGCAAUCCUAUUAUGCCAAGCUCUUGGGGGAGUUGAAUGAACAGCGAAAGAGGGACUUUUUCUGUGACUGCAGCAUCAUUGUGGAAGGGCGGAUCUUCAAGGCCCACAGGAACAUUCUGUUUGCCAACAGCGGCUACUUCCGAGCCCUGCUCAUUCACUACAUCCAGGACAGCGGGCAGCCCAGCACCGCCUCGCUGGACAUUGUCACGUCCGAUGCCUUCUCCACCAUCUUAGACUUCCUGUACUCUGGGAAGCUGGAUCUGUGCGGGGAGAACGUGAUUGAAGUUAUGUCAGCGGCCAGCUACCUGCAGAUGAACGAUGUGGUGAACUUCUGCAAGACGUACAUCAGGUCGUCCCUCGAUAUCUGCCGGAAGAUGGAGAAGGAGGCAGCGGCGGCGGCGGUGGCCGUGGGGGCUCAUCAGGUUGACGGUGGAAGCCCCAGUUCAGGCAGGGAAGGGACCUCCUGUGAUACCAAGAGCUUGGUCUCCUCGGCAGCCGAGGGAGAGGAGAGUGUGGACUGUCCGAGAGAGUCCCCUUGCGGUGACUGCCAGGGCUGCCACCCGCUGGGACUGGUGGUGAAGGACCGCCAGGGCUGUGGCCCAGCUGACAGUGACCUCUCUAUUCUGCCCAAACAGAUAGAGCCCAAGGUGGAGUUUGAGACCGACGAGGUGGAGGUGGAGGGUGGUGAGCCGCUGCAGCCUUAUGCCGCCCCACUCAGCCUGGCCCGCGUGGCCGAGGCUUUGCCCAGUGGCCAGGCUGUGGACUUGGCUUACGGUAACUACCACGUGAAGCAAUUCCUGGAGGCACUUCUGCGCAACAGUGCUGUCCCCAGCAAAGGCGAUGCGGACCAUCACUUUUCUCGGAGUUUGGAGGGAAGACCAGAUGGUGCAGGAGGAACCGUGAGUUCCAUGAUGGAUGUCCAGACUGACUGGUAUGGAGAGGACUCAGGUGAUGUGCUGGUGGUCCCCAUCAAGCUCCACAAGUGUCCUUUUUGUCCUUACACUGCCAAACAGAAGGGCAUCCUUAAGCGGCAUAUCCGCUCGCACACGGGUGAGCGGCCCUACCCCUGUGAGACCUGUGGCAAGAGGUUCACGCGACAGGAGCAUCUGCGGAGUCACGCCCUGAGCGUGCACAGAUCCAACCGUCCAAUCAUCUGCAAGGGCUGCAGAAGAACCUUCACGAGUCACCUGUCCCAGGGCCUGCGGCGCUUCGGGCUGUGUGACAACUGCACGUGUGUUACCGACACACACGACGAGGAGGACGAGCUGAUGCCCAUCAACCUUAGCCUGGUGGAGGCUUCGUCGGAAAGCCAAGAAAAGAGUGACACGGACAAUGACUGGCCAAUCUACGUGGAGUCUGGUGAGGAAAACGACCCCGCCGGAGAGGAUUCUGAUGACAGACGGCAAAUUCGGCCCUACUUGUCAGAUCGAGAGACACUUACGUAG